AGAUACUGAUGGGUAAAUUGUAUAUUAACACUACCUGUAUUUAGUAGUACGGUUUAUGGAGAAUCCAGGGUCGGUGUGUAUUUGAUAGACACAGUGCUGUAAUGAAGUUGUAUGUCAAUUGUGUUUAGGGUACAAUAUACUCUAUUGUUAGUACAUUAAGUAAUUUAUUGUAUGUAAAAAUCAUUUCCUCGGAGUGAAGUAAGUUGAUGGGGCUUCUUAUAUGGUAAAAGGCCGUGUGAUUUGGAACCUUUGAAGACCGGAUAAACAUUUAACUGUGCGAUACCUAUACAAUUUUGUCUUCCAGGAAGUAAUCGUGUGUUAAUGAUAGGAGUAUAGAAGAUUAAUGAGAAUUGAUUUAGAGAGGAAAAGUAAUGUCCAAUAUUUCAUCAACUUAAAAGACAUUCUAUCACUAGGAAAUGAUAAGGCAUUUAAGGAUGUGAUUAAACAUGGUAAGAGGAAUUGAAAGUCUGGACAAAUCGUGGUAUACUCCUUAAUGGUCUCACACAUCCAACCCAAUCACAUUUAAUACUCUGAUAAAAUAUACUAUUUCUUAUCAAAUUCUUUAAUCCAAUUAUAAGAAUCCAGGUUGAUCUUUUUUUUAUCAAGAGGAUUACUAUUGGCCUGUACCUGGUAAGAUGUCUGUUUGAUGGUAAGGUACAUAGAUGUCUUUUUGAUUGUAAGGUUCGUAGGAUUUACAGAGCUGGAUCUGUGACACGUACCUGUACUGGUGUGGUGAUGUCAGAUUGUCAACAUUGACCUGACGAUAGAUUUAAUGCAGUAAAAAAGGAUUUAAUUCAAUGUGUUCUUUGGAGCUGGAUAUUAUGUGUUGUGAAUAAUUCAUUCUAAGUGCUCACUCCUGGAUUCCUUUAUGUCGCAGAAUAAAUCAGAACAGGGAGCAAGUUUUCUGGGUCAGGUGCAGACGAUGGAUACAGAUGGACAAGAUGAGAUUCAAGGGUUGAUACAGAUUCCGGAGGAUUCCAACAUCAUUACAUGUACCUUUCCUCCUGUGCCCGAUCCGUUGUCACAAACUAUGACGGAAAGCCAAACGGAACAGCCAGCCGGAGAGUCCAGACCAAUGCAGAUUUCUCAGGAGCCAGCCAAUAUGGCGGCGAAGCAGGAGUGCGCAGGCUGUAAGAAGGAGAUCGGAGAUCGCUUUAUGCUAAAGGCUCUAGAACAGUUCUGGCACGAGGACUGCCUCAAAUGUUCUUGUUGUGACUGUCGAUUAGGAGAGGUGGGGUCAACUCUCUUCACAAAGGCAAACCUUCUCUUAUGUCGCAGAGACUAUCUCAGAUUAUUUGGUACAACAGGCUACUGUUCAGCGUGUUCCAAAAUGAUCCCAGCAUUUGAGAUGGUGAUGAGGGCUAAAAGUAAUGUCUAUCAUCUGGAGUGCUUUGCUUGCCAACAAUGCAAUCACAGGUUCUGUGUGGGAGACAAGUUCUAUCUGUGUGAAAACAAAAUACUGUGUGAAUAUGACUAUGAAGAAAGAAUGUUAUUUGCAAAUAUGUCUUAUAACUACAGUGCUUUGUCCCAGAUAAAGAGACAGACCCAAAGCCUAAGUGACGAUCUCUCCAGCGGUUAUGGCAGCCCCAGUCCCAGUUCCCUGUAGACUGACUCCCUCAUAUGAUUCUAUUUUGUUGUGGUAUGGACCAUGUACAGUAUUCCUAUCAGGUACACCUUUUGGAUGCCAUGAAAUUUUUCGGUUUGCCUGGAGACUGUUGUUGUUAAUGAUGUGAUGUGGAGGAAUUUUACUUGGCUUUCCUGGUCAAACAAUUUGCAGGAGAUACACUGUAUGUGGUUUUCUUGGGAAUCGCUCUUUUGUUGAAAAGCAUUAAAUGAGUUGGUUGAGAGAGUAAUGAUCAUCGUUACCAUUGUGAUAAGUUGUUUCCAUGACAACAGAUCUAUGGAUUGAGCUAUCACCUUGUUGGCGUGGAGAUGAGCUGAUUUCUAUGGUUACAGAUCUAUGGAACGGCUCUUACAUCAUCACCAUGGCGACAGAAUGUUUCCAUGAGGAUCUCAUUAUCACAGGAAGGGUGACAAUUGGCUAUGUAUGAUAACUUGGUUGAAGAACAGACAUAUUGUUACCAUGGAGAUGACUUGGUUUCCAUGGAGCAGAUCCACAUCCUCCAGAAAGGAGUCCGCGGACGAAAGCAUUCCAAACAUUUGUAUGAGUGUGUGGAGAUGUAUGUGAUAUCUGUUUUAUUUUAUUAUUAUUUUUUUAUUGCACUAUUUCCAGUUCAAUCUUGUUGAAGAUGUUGUGCUCGGAUGUCAAUCAAAAAUAUUUCAUCUGUGAUUGGUUGUUUUUUGUCACAUGGUGAGUUCAUAAGGAAAUAAAUAUUCAGGGGUGUAUAUACUCUGUGUAAGUACAGUUUCUGUAUCAAAAGAAUAAAAAGACAGGAAUUAUAUUAAUAUUUACAUCAAGUAGUCAUUAAUUUGCUCUUGGAAUAUUACACGAAAUUAAUACAUAAAUUAUUUUAGUCAUAUUUAUUAUUUAUUUAUUUGUUUUUAUAAAUUAAGUCUUCUCUUGAAUUUUUUUUCCAGAUGCUUCCAAGAUAAAAUGGAAGCAAACAUUCAUAGAUUGGUAGGGGACAAUUACUUCAGUACCAAAAUAAGUUGUUAAAAAUUCAUUGCUGAAUAUUUCAGUAAUCCUGAUUUCAUCUGAACUUGGUUCAGUAAAAUGACAGUUAGAUAAAAUAACUAGGAAGAAAAGGGAAAAAACUCAAAUACUACAUAUUUGAAAGUGAACAAUGUGCUUGAAAAUGUAGCGAAAGAGGUAUUUAAAAAAAAUAUAUAUAUAUAUAUAUGUGUGUGUAUGUUUGAAAAAGGCCUGUUGUGUUUCUACUGAGGAAAUGUAAAUUUUAAGAUUAUCUUCUUCUUUUUUUUUUUUUUUUUUAUUCCUUUUGGCAUUAUUCGAUAUUGUGAAUGCAUUUUAAAAAAGGAGGUUAAUGUAGAUCUGUCUAUAUUUUCUAAAUUUCUGUGAUGUUUAAAAUUUUGCCAAUUUAUUUAAAGAUGCAUAAUCCAAUUAGAUUAAUUGGCACAUAUUCCUGGACUUAAAUCGGAACAUAAACGUUCCAAAUUUAAAAACAAAAAAAAAGCAGACGGAAAAGGUUUUUUUUAUAGUUUUUUUUAAACACUGUUCACUUGUUUUUAAAGAAUUGUUCAAAUCACAACAAUUUUUUGCAGAAGAAAAGGGUCACAUUAAAAAUGUUACAUUUUUUAAAGAUGAUGUAGAGUUGUAUUGAAAAGAUGUCAACAAAAAAAUAUAUUUACGGUAAUAUGUUUUUGUUUGUUUUUGAUCUGUUGGUGUGAUAUUGAAGGAUAAGCUUUUACAGAUAUACAUGUAUAUGAAAAGAUACAAUUUCAUGAGUAAAUUUGGUAUUUCUAUUUAAACAAAUUUUGGCAGGUGACUUGCCAAAAAAUGUUAAUAUAUGUUCGGGAUAUUCUACUGCCUGAUGUGUGUUGUGUAGUGUAAGGAAUUUCUUAAUGAAAAUUCAUUUAUAAAACAUUUAAAAAUAAAUGAAUAUUUUUAUCUGUAAUCUAUAAUAAAAAAAAAAAUUCCAAGCUACACAAAAGUGAAUUCAACUAGAAACAUUAACGAACUUCAAUUUAUUUGCCUUUAUCCAGAUGACAUUCAUAUUUCAUUUGAAUGACGAAUGAAAGUUGUUAAAAAACUUAAACACUGUAUUGUUUUAAGCAUACAACAUAACCAGUUAUAUAUAUAUAUAACAAUGUGUGAUCUGUAGAUAUAUAGCAUUUAACACUCAAUACUUCAUACCUGGUAUAUGGUUAGAAAUUUGAAAUUUACAUAUAAUUCAUACAAAGUCAAAUUAUCAUGAAAUGUCAAAAGGCCUUGUGCACUGUUCAAUAAAUAAUGAAAAUUCAAAAGGUAGUUUGAAUAUCCUGUAAAAUCAAGGAAGGUCUUGUUUAACUGAAUAGAUAUAUAAUAUAUGUUUCUCAGAAUGUAUAAUCUCAUUACUGGAUAUAUGUAAAUUUUACUGGAAUAUACAGUUGUCAUUGAUAAUAAUUCAGUCCAGGACGGAAUAACUGGAAUAUACAGUUGUCAUUGAUAAUAAUUCAGUCCAGGACGGAAUAUCUCGGUUAACAAUGUCGCUUGUUUUCUAAGUUUAUUGUAUAAGUUAUUUAUUUGUUGAUUAGAAAGAUUUGAUUCUUUUUAUUUGCAUUCCCUUAUAGCAUAUUGAAAACAGAUGAUUUGUCUGACGGAAUACCUGAUAAUGAAAACCUCACUACUAUGCUGUGAAGUAUAGUGAAACCUGUCUUAUCUGACCUCCAAGUAUCCUGAGUAUUCUGACAUCACACAUAUUCCCCAUUAUAUAUGUAAUUCUGUUUCUUAAGUUAAUUAUCAAAAAAAGGCUAUAUUCAAACAGAGUCCAAACUGACAAAUAUCUUAUGUUCUGCAGGGUUUCAGAUUAUACAGGUUUUGGUGAGUGUAUGUAUAUAUAUAUACAUGUAUAAAAUAUGUCAAAAUUUCAUGUUCACAAUAUUUGCAUUACUGAUAGUCUAAAACAAAUAACGAUUUUGGUUAAUUAAAAAAUUGUUGCAUUUCUUUGAUAAGCUUAGUUUUAUACAUCUUCAUCUCUAUUAGUACAUCUGGAUGUCGAUUAUUUUCAUCCAACGUAAAGUGUCACCUACCGAACACAAAUAUGGUGUCUUUUUUUGAGAGAAUAAUUAUUUGUUAACCUGAGAAGCAGGAUAUUUCCUCCUAAUGUAGUAUAUCUUUACCUGUAAAAAUGUUCUGUUUGUGGAAAUCAUUUUCCCACUAAAAUUCAGCUAGAAUAAACAUUAUCUUUGGCCUUUCAGGAUUAUUUUCAUUUCCAUAGCCGGCAAACAUUGACUGAGCCAAACUGGAAAUUAAAUUUACACAAUAAAAGUGUAUUUCUUUAAGUGGCGCCAAAUAUUGUUUUUUGUAAUUACCUUGUUUUAAUAGAAACACUAAUCGUGGGAAAAAGCUGGCUCGUUUUUAGAUUUGUUAUUAUUUGUUAAAAUGUAUUCUACCUAAGCUCUCAUGGAAAAUAUAUUUGUUAGGUUGGUGCAAACAGUUUUAUUGUGUUAACUGUGCUCUUCUUGUAUGUUGUAUUUAGUUACAAUUUGGGAUAAAGCAUAUAAGCAAAAUAUCAUAACUGAAGUUUAGCAUAAUAUUUUUUUAAAGAAAAUGUGGAAGAAUUUGGUAGAGUAUACCUGCAUUUAUUAAAUAAUCUGUGGUACUUGAGAAAAGAAAAUUUCUGCCUUGUACAAUAAAUAUUCUACCGAAGCUGAGAAGAGCUAAUGUAAUUUGACUGCCUCCAGUAUUUACUAGGCACAUUUCAGGUAUUAACUACUGAAUAUAUCCAUCUAGUCCGGUCAGUUUCUCUACAGUUUUGGUGCUGGUUUUAUCUUUCUCUGUUUAUAACUGCCAUGUGUGGUGACUGGUCCGUGAUACAUUUUUACACAAACCCAAAUUUUACUCUCCCAAUCUUUAUCAAUACUUCACGACUUCAUCAGCUAAGCCAAUGAAAUAUGGUAAAAUAUUCCAAAAGAUUUUAUAAGAACAUUUUUCAUUGGCUUAGCCUGAUUUUUUAAAAUUUAAAUGAAUGGUUGUUCCUUGUUACAACAUUUCUCAUGUAAGUCAUGUUUAUAUUCAAUGAAUUUACAGUUUUCCUAUGUCCUCAUCUUUCUUGAUUUUUUUUUUUUUUUUUUUUUCCUUUUUUUUUCUUUAAUUAAGUACGUGUCCUCAUUGCUUUAUAUAUAAGAAGUUUUUGAGGACCAUUUUUUUUAUUAAAUGUGGUAUGAUAUAAAAUAUAUUAUAUAUUGUAUUUAAACUUUUCUUAUGUUGAAAAACUAGUCUCAGAUUAAGAUUUUAAUUGAAUAUUAUAACAUUUUAAGUUGUAAAUAAAACAUUUUGAGCUUGUGACAACAUCUAGUCUUUUCAACUGUUGAAUAAAUAUUUUACAAAAACCUCA